GAAAACUUUAUAUUUUGAGAAAAGAACAUUCAUUUUGACUGACACUUGUAACGUAUUUUAAUGAUUAUCAAAUGUAUUUAUCGGAAAAUUUUAACGUUGAAAAUUUAGUAAUUUGAUUUUUCGGUAAAUAUCUAGAAAUGAGUCAAGAAUUCAGUAAAAUGAUCAUAAAACUUGAUCAAUAUGUCAUGAAGAUGAACUCUCUUAGGUUUAUUUUAGUUUUAUAGAAACGUAUUUGUAGCUAUAAUCAAUGUUUCUAAAUGAAAAUUUAAAACAAGAUAUACAUUUACCCAUUGUUUAUAUAAAUAAAACAUACAUAUAGAUGGGGUUGAGCAGUCUGGCCGGAAGCCCCAUUUUGAUAGAGUCCUAUUGUAAGGAUAAAACCUACUAUUGUCCGGGUCAUAUGAGAGCGGAUAUCAGAUAACCCUAGAUUGGCCUGAACAACACCAUGUUUUAUCCUUACGAUAGUAAAGAAAACUUACCAGCUCACCUACCAGCUUAUACGAGAAGCUGGUAGGUUUUCUUUACUAUUGUAAGGAUAAAACAUGGUGUUGUUCAGGCCAAUCCAGGGUUAUCUGAUAUCCGCUCUCAUAUGACCCGGACAAUAGUAGGUUUUAUCCUUACAAUAGGACUCUAUCAAAAUGGAGCUUCCGGCCAGACUGUUCAACCCCAGAUAUUCUCUCCAUAGACAAAAUGUAUAAAAGUGUACAAAAAAAGAUGAAAUUUUUCAGAAUUUAGAGAAAUGAAAAUAAAAUAAUGAGCAUACGAAUAAAGAGUCAGUCUCUAUCUACAGAUAAAAGUCAAUAUAUAGUUAAAACAUAUUGUUGAAAUCAAAAAUAAUUUUCAAUAUAUUAGAAGACAAAUGGUAAUUUCUUCUGUGAAUUGUACAUCGUACAGUUUACUUUUUGUAAAAGUAUAGAGCNCAAAUGUAUUGGAAAGUACUCGCCAGUUGAAGCUCUUUCAUCCUAUAUAUGAUUGUGCUGGAUAUAGUAUGAAAAGUCCAAUGGGCCAAAUUACGGUCUUAUGCGCCCCCGUCCUUUCUUCUGUGAAUUGUACAUCGUACACUUUACUUUUUGUAAAAGUAUAGAGCAUUGUGUAUUUCAAGAGUAGCAUAUGUUUUGUACAUUUUACUUCUGCUAUGCACACUUGCCAUUAGAAACACUGACCAUAAUAUGAAGUUGAAUUGCAUCAACCAGUUGAAUAUGUUUCUUCGUCAGUAAAUUAAAAUUUUAUUUUGUUUUGUGUUGCAAAAUUUUUAAUAAAUGUUCCUUUCUAAUGAGUAAUAUUAGCCUUUAAAUAUGUUGAAAUUUUAUUCUGUUUUUUUUUAGGAAGAGGUGCAGUUGGUAUGGUUUAUCAAAUUGAAUAUCAAAAUAUUCAAUAUGCCAUGAAAAUUUCAAAUAAAAAGUCAACAAAAGAAUAUGAAAUAGCUGAAAAAAUGAAAAAUUACAUCAAUGAACAUUCACUAUUAGAUGUUAAAAUAAUGAACAUGUUUAAUAUACAAGGUUUUAUUCUAUCAAGACCAGUUGGAAAAUUAAUGGACGAAAAUCAGUUAUGUCAAAAGAAAUAUAUUACUCAAAUAUUCAAGCAAUUAACAAUUGGUCAUAAACUUGGACUUGUUCAUCGAGAUAUUCGAAUAUAUAAUUUAAUAUUAUUUAAUGAUGAAGAUGUUUAUUUAAUCGAUUGGGAUUCAUCAACAUAUAAUGGUUUUAAUGGCGAAUAUGAAGGAUCAUUUCUGACAGCAUCAACAUCUGUAUUGGCUGAAUAUGAAUUGACACGUGGUAAACAAGUUUCGGCUUAUUAUGCUGAUGAUUGUUUAUCGAUCAUUUAUAUGUUAUUAUUAUUUAAUUGUACAAAAGAAGAAAAAAUUAAAUUAAAAAAACUUGCCCGUGAUAGUUCUGCUGGCAUGUUAAUCGUAGAACGUGAAGAAGUUUUACAACGUUAUCCAAAAGAAGCUAUAGAUUGUCUUUAUGAAAUUGAACAGAAACGUGCUAGUUUAAUAAAUAUAGAUGAUUUACAUAAUCAGUCAUUUCCACAAAUUUGUAAUAAACAAUUAGAUAUGAUCGAACCCGAUGAAUACAAUGAAAUAGAUGAAACCAAUUGCGAAGAUUUACCAUGUGCUACACGAUAUACAUAUUUUGAUGGUUUAUGGACGCGUUUAGAUGGAAAUGAUGCAAUUAAAUGUCUCAAUACAUGGAAUGAUCAGUGUCGUCAGAAUAAUAUUUCUCUAAGCCAUUAUUGUAUUGAUCCUUAUAGCCGAGAUAUGGGUUGUUUACCAAUUAAAUAUGCAGCUGAUACAUAUGUUCAUUGUCUUGGUGCUACUAAUGAACAAUAUCAUUGUCAAGAAAAAUAUCCAUUAGAUUAUGAUAAACGAUUUAAAUGUUGGAAUUCAUCGAUAUGUAUUAGUCCGCUUCAACUUUGUGAUUGUCAUGUGGAUUGUCCAUUUGAAGAUGAUGAAAAUGAUUUAUUAUGUCGAUGGGGUAAAAAUCAAUGUCAUCCAGACAUUUUAUUGACUAUGACGGAGAUAAUACAACGUAUUCGUUUCUAUACAAUACAAUGGUCUCAUUACUGUGAUAAAGUUCGUUGGGCGUUGGAUUUGAAAGAAAUUCCCUAUGAAUUGAUAAAUUAUAAUCCAUUCGGAAAAACAAAAGGUUUAGAAAGAGCACCCAAAACAAUGCCUAAGCUCAUGCCGAUGAUUGAAGAUCCAAACAAUAAAGAUGAUAAUCAAUUUCACUAUGAUUCAACACCGAUUUUACUCUAUUUGGAUACUCAAUAUUCUCAAUCAUCUACAUCCCUUUUUCCAUCAUCAAGUGAAGAACGCCAACAAGUGAUUGAUACAUGUUUACAUCUUGAUUCCACAUUAGGUCUUUAUGCACGUCAUAUUGCUUAUGCUCAAAUACUCACAGAGAGUCCAAGUGUAUUGUCACUUGUACUCCGUGAAAAGUAUCCAUGGGCCAAUAAUCCAUAUGAUAUUCGCUCACGAUUAUUUAUUCCAGUCAUCGCUGCUUUUAUAAUUGCUCAAUACCAAGUUCAUCGUAUUCGUGAAGAACAAAUAAAAGAAAAAACAGAGCAAAUUCUUUUGGAUAUUGGAGAUCAGUUGCGUAGAAAUGAUUAUCUUGUCGGUAAACAAUUCUCGGCAGCUGAUUUAACAUUUUGUUCACUUGUAAAACUACUUAUACGAGCACCCUGUUUCUAUGAUGAUCGUCGCUUUCAAAUUAUUUUCGAUUAUCAUGAACGAAUUCGACGAAACUACGAUGUAGCCUAUCCAAAUAUCGAUAAUGAUCUCGAGAAAAACAUAGAUAAACAUCGAAUACAAGUAAAAAUAAAUGCGAAAACCUCGGAUUUAAAUCCGAAUGUUAUGUGUACUUGA